CCGGUCCGCCGUGCUACAGGUUCGGAGGCCCCGGGCCUGAAGUAGAGUCUUGUGUUCUGUGUUCUGUGCUGUGACCCGUGGUCGGGAGCUGUGGGGAGAGCGGGGCGAGCUCGGAAUCCGCCAUGGAGGCCGUGACCUAUGAGGAUGUGCAUGUGAACUUCACUCAUGAAGAGUGGGCUUUGCUGGAUCCUUUCCAGAAGAGUCUCUACAGAGAUGUGAUGCUGGAAACCUGUGAGAACCUCACUUCUGUAGGCUACAAAUGGGAAGACCAGAAUAUUGAAGAACAUUGUCAAAGUUCUAGAAGACACAAAAGGUAUCUUCAAAUACACAAAGGGAUCCAUAAUGAAGAAGAUCUCUGUAAAUAUAAUCAGCAUGAUAAAGACUUUAGAUCUGAUUCCUCUUUACAAUUACACCAGAGAACUCAUAUGGAAGUAGAGCCCUAUAAAUACAAUCAAUGUGGAAAAGGCUUUGCACAUCACUGUUGCUUUCAAGUACAUCGAACUCAUACUAAUGAGCAAUCAUGUAAAUGUAAUCAGUGUGGUAAAGUCAUGGCAACAACAAACAGCACUGUCCACGUUACACACCAUAAUCUUAAAAUACAUGAAAGAAUCCGUCCUGGAGAGAAACCCUAUGUAUGUGUUCAAUGUGGUAAAGCCUUUGUAAGUCGCCAUAAUCUUAAAAUACAUGGAAGAAUUCAUACUGGAGAGAAACCCUAUGUAUGUGUUCAAUGUGGUCAAGCCUUUGUACAUUUAACUAGUCUUCGAAAUCAUGAAAAAACUCAUACUGGGGAGAAACCUUUUGAAUGUAAUCAGUGUGGUAAAGCUUUUACCUGUCGUAGUAAUCUUCAAAUACAUGAAAGUAUUCAUACAGGAGUCAAACCCUAUGAAUGUAGUCAAUGUGGCAAAGCCUUUGCAAACAUCAUUUAUCUUCAAAGGCAUGAAAGAAGUCAUAGUGGAGACAAACCGUAUGAAUGUAAUCAAUGUGAUAAAGCUUUUGUACGUUUAACUAGUCUUCGAAAACAUUAUAAAAACCAUACUGGAGAGAAACCCUAUGAAUGCAGUCAGUGUGGUAAAGCCUUUGCAAGUCUCAGUAAUCUUCAAGCACAUGAAAGAAUUCAUACUGCAGACAAGCCCUAUGUAUGUAAUCAAUGUGGUAAAGCCUUUUUAAGUCGCCGUAAUCUUCAAAUACAUGAAAGAAUUCAUACUGGAGAAAAGCCCUAUAUAUGUCAUCAAUGUGGCAAAGCCUUUGCACAUUUCACCAGUCUGAGAAAUCAUGAAAAAAUUCAUACUGGAGAGAAGCCCUAUAUAUGUAUUCAGUGUGGUAAAGCCUUUGCAUGUCGUAGUAAUCUUCAAGUACAUGAAAGUACUCAUACAGGAGUUAAACCAUAUGAAUGUAAUCAAUGUGGUAAAGCCUUCGCACACAUAAUUUAUCUUCAAAGGCAUGAAAGAAGUCAUAGUGGAGACAAACCAUUUGAGUGUAAUCAAUGUGGGAAAAGCUUUACACAGUUCUGUCGUCUUCAGAAACAUUUCAGAAGUCAUACUGGAGAGAAACCCUAUGAAUGCAGUCAAUGUGGUAAAGCCUUUGCAAGUCGAAGUAAUCUUCAAACACAUGAAAGAACUCAUACUGGAGACAAGCCCUUUGUAUGUAGUCAAUGUGGUAAAGCCUUUGCCAGUCGUCGUAAUCUUCAAACACAUGAAAGGAGUCAUACCGGAGAAAAACCCUAUGUAUGUGAUCAGUGUGGUAAAAGCUUUGUAAGUCGCAGUAAUCUUAAAAUACAUGAAAGUAGUCAUACAGGACUAAAACCGUAUGGAUGUAAUCUAUGUGGCAAAGCCUUUGCACAUAGCAUUUAUCUUCAAAGGCAUGAAAGAAGUCAUAGUGGAGACAAACUGUAUGAAUGUAAUCAGUGUGGUAAAGCCUUCACCCGUCACCGAAAUCUCCAAACACAUGAAAGGAGUCAUACCGAAAAAGCCCCUGUUAAUGUAAUUGAUGCACUAAAACUUUGCAGGUCAGUGUAGUCCUCAAACACAUCAAAGAAUAGUGAAGAAAGCCAAAGAAAUGACAAUGUGAUAAUGCCUCUUCAUGGUACAGUCUUCUUCAAAGGCAUGAAAGAGUUACUGUCCGGAGAGAAGCAUUAUGAAUCUAGUAAAUUCAGUAAAACUUUGCACACCACACAUUAUUUCUACUGAGCCGUCUCACUGAUGCCCAAAUAGGAUUAGUAGAACCUUUCCAUUGGUCAAAUAUUGUCUUCUUUUGAAAUUAUAAACAAAUUGUCACCCAAGAAUAGAGGAGCACAGAAUAUUUUGAAUAAUACAACCUAUUUGCAAAUGACAAUGUUAUUUAUCCUGCCAUCCCUUUAAAUUUUUUUGUUAGUUUAUUCUAAGCACUAAAUGCUUUUUCCUAACACUUUCUCAGAAAUAUGGGUAAAAGUGGUUGCUACUAAACCUGAAUACCUGAGUUCAGUCUCUGGGAUACACACAUUACUCAUACCAGUUUUUCUAUGAUUACUACAUUUGGGCUUUGUCAUAUGCACACCACACACCCACACACAUGGAUGUUUUUGUAACUAAAAUGAUGACCAGUAAGGUUACUCGUUUGUUUAAUGCACUUGCUCCCUAACUUGAUUACUUCAGUUUGUUCUCUAGUACUGAAGAAGCAAAGAAUACUCACCUGUAAGAUGUCCUCUGCCUGCUAAAUGCACAGCAUGGCACAGGUGUUUACAAACUGUUAAGAAUAUCUAAAGAGGUGAAAUUAACAAAACAAAGAAAAUAGCCAAAAUAUUAAAGAACACAGGAAAUGAUUACCAAUUGAAACGAAUACAUUGUAGGAUUCUAUCACAUCACAAUUAAACAAAAAUGAGAGUUACUGUUUAAAUCUUCCAUUAUUUGUCUGAUUCAAAGAUAGGUCAUUUUAUAAACAUAUCUCAACUGGUAAUAGUCAUUUAUUUUGGAGACAGGCAAAUGGAUCUUUCUGAGUUUGAGGCUAUUAUGGUUUACAUCGUGAGUUCCAGGAUACUCAUGGCUAUCUGGAGAGAUCCUGUUUCAACCAAAAAGAACAUUUAGGUAACUAUAGCAUAUAUCACAGUAUGGAAUUUUGCCUAGCUUAAUCUGGACUCAUCUCUAACCAGCUAAACCCUUCGUUGUGUUCACUCACAUCAAGAGAACUGUGUUAAUGGCAAUAAGAAGAAAUGUGCAGAGCCCAUUCACAGAGGGAAAGGAAUCUGUUCAAUCCUUUGUAGACCAUGUAGAAGGAAUUUUCAUCACCUCCAAGUGAGAGAAGAUAGAAGGAGUCAAGGGGCAUCUUCAUCUUUUGAAUUAUAAUAACAUAUUUGAGGGCUGGAGAGAUGGCUCAGAGGUUAAGAGCAUUACCUGCUCUUCCAAAGGUCCUGAGUUCAAUUCCCAGCAACCACAUGGUGGCUCACAACAAUCUGUAAUGAGGUCUAGUGCCCUCUUCUGGUCUGCAGAUAUACACACAGACAGAACAUUGUAUACAUAAUAAAAUAAAUAUUUAAAAAAAAAUAACAUAUUUGAAUAAUAGACAGUUGUCUCAGUACUUAUGCUGUAGGUACCCAAUUUUGAUUCCCAGUGCCCUCAUCAGAUGGCUCAAAACUACCUGUAUUACAGCUCCAGGAAAUCUGAUGCAUUCUUCUGUCUUCUUUUUGUAUGAGAUAUGCAAAUGAUGUAAAGGCAUAUUUUUUAAUAUAAUUUUCCAAGUGUAAAAAUAAAAACUUAAAGCCUUUUUAAAAUUAAUGGAGUCAUGC